CAAUAUUGCCUUCAACUCCUUCAACUCCUACCUUCCGGUCUCCAUCGGCAAUCUGAAGCGGCUAAGUGGGCUGUUCCUUCAAAGCAACGCAUUCAACGGCUCCUUGCCUGCUUCCAUCUCAAGUCUCUCUAACCUUGUUCUUCUGAAUUUAAGGGCCAACCUCAUCACUGGCGCUAUACCUCGUGGCAUUGGCUCCUUGAAGAAGCUCAAAUCCUUGGACCUGUCUUACAACCCCAUCUCAGGGAAUGUACCUUCAACCAUGGGAUCCCUAAAAUCACUCGUGAUGCUCGAUAUCAAGUCUGCAAAGCUCAACGGCUCUCUGCCUCCCACGUUUGCAAAGCUGCAAGCGCUAGAGGGCAUCUCCUUGUCCAACAACCAGCUCUCCGGCUCGUUCCCCACCUUCCUCACCAACCUCUCAUCUCUUGUCAUGAUCGAUCUCUCUGCCAACGGAAUCAACGGCUCUCUGCCCUCCUCACUCGGAAACUUCGCCAAGCUCUUUUGGCUCGAUCUCAGCAACAACAGCAUCACUGGAAGCAUUCCAGAGUCUAUCGGCCUUCUAACUGACCUGGAUACCCUCUACCUGGCAGGCAACAGCCUGACAGGGUCUCUUCCUGCAUCCAUAUCACUGUUGAAGAACCUCUAUGCCCUUGACCUGCGGCGAAACAACCUCUCAGGACCUCUGCCUUCCUCUGCUUUCAACUGGUCCAUGUCAGCACUCCUCCUGUCAGACAACCACUUUGAAGGGCAGCUUCCGGCCUAUCUUGGCGACUUCACUGCAGAAAUAAAGGUCGACAGCACGCUCACAUGCCCUGCUGACGGCACCAACUGCUCUGCCCAACUCAAGAAGCUGGCCGCACGAACUUAUCCCAACAGCUUCUGCCGCAUCAUCUGCACCUCCUUCUGCCAGACCUGCAUCGCCCCUUCAAAUAGCACAGGGGGGGGGACAGGGGGAGGGCUGGGAGAAGGGGGGUUGGGGGGAGGGGGGUUGGGAGGAGGGGGCGGUUUGGGAGGAGGAUUAGGAGGAGGGGGUUUGGGAGGAGGGGGUUUGUGA